AUGGCUAAUGAACAUCCACAAUCCAACCUUUCUCAUGCUGAGAAAAGUCUAACAUUUCAUUCAACACAACAAAGUUUAUAUAGCUCAGCAUUCAAUAGAUUUCUUUCCGCAUCGCCUCCACCUCGGAGUUCUAAAAAUAAUCCAGGUUUUGGGGCCUUGUCGGAAAAAUCAGUAACCACAUUGACAGAUGAUGAAGAUUGUGAAAAAACAAUACGAAGUCUCGGUCUUGAGGACUCGCCAAAGGAAUCUAUUGGAUACAGCAAGCCUACGCGUUCAGCAACUUUUCCAUUAUUACCAUCACAUAAUGAUCAUAAUAGUAAUGGUUAUUUAACAAGCAAUGUUACUGCUUCAACUUCAUCACCUUGGAUACCUUCAACACCUUUUUCAUCAAUUCAAACAAAUCCAUUGAACAAUACAGAAGGAUAUUUUUCACCUCAAACACCCGAUCAAUAUUACAAUAAUGGGUUAUUUGAAUCUAAUGUUCGAAGAUCCGCUACUAUAAGUAAUAUUCAAGGCAAUGGUACUAUACACGAUGAUGGACAUGUAGAGUUUGCACAUGGUUUAGGAGGACCAUUGGAUUAUAACGACACUAGUGGAGUAUCUACUAGUGCAGUAACACCAUCUUCGCCUACAAACUAUUUAUCUCAAUCUCAUUUUCAAUAUAGACCGUUUGUAAAUCCUUUACAGCAAACUCAGACUCCACAACAAUCACAACAAUCACAACAGUUGCAAUAUCAACAAUUUCAAUUACAUACAUCAGUAGCUUCAGACUUACAUAGUCGAUUAGAUAGCAAUGGAGGAAUAGUGACAGAUGAUGGAGUUUCUGGGAGUAUGGCAUUAUAUGAUCCAACAAAUAGUGAUGAAAUUAUACGAGAUAAUGGAAAAUUUACAACAGGUAAUGACGGUAAGGACUUUAAUAAUGAAUUAAAAUUAGACAUUCGUAGCCUUCAAACUAUUAUGACAGCACCUCCAGGAUUAGAUAAUUAUCUUAGUCCAGCAUCACCGAGAUCUGAUCAUGCAGAACAUUAUUUCAGUUCCACGAUGGUGUCAGGUCUUACAUCACCAUCUUUAGCUAAUGUAAAUUCUGGUAAAAACAUUUUUGCGAACGACAUGGCAGGAAAUGGAGGAGGAGGACAAACAAUAAAUGAUUUAACUAAUUCGUUGAACAGCAUGAAUAUAAAUAGUAAUGGUAUAGAAAUGCGUAAAGAGACAUCACCUGACAUUUCUAAUGUUCAAGUAUCAGGACAAUCUAUAAGUAAUAAACAACAAAAACAAUCAUGGGCAGCAGUUGCUAAAACAAGACCUCAACCACCACCACCAGUAAAUACAUCACAAGAAGUUAUAGGUGGAACUUAUAGUGCAGCAAUCUCACCUUCAUCAGCAGUUUCACCAUCAUUUGCAAAUAGAUCAAUGUCAGCACCUCCUGUAACUUGGACUAGUAAAACUAAAAUCGUUGGAACACCUACAGGAAAUGGUAUUGGUAGUAUUUAUACAACAAAUCCUAUGAUGUCUAUUCCCCCAACUCCAAGUACGAGUAAAAAAGAUAUGUCAUCGUUUAUGGCGGAGAGAGGAUAUAAUCCCAAGGCUUUUAACUGCAAGCCACAAAAUGCACGAUUCUUUGUAAUCAAGUCUUAUACAGAAGAUGAUGUUCAUAAAUCACUAAAGUAUGACAUUUGGGCUAGCACAGAAAUCGGGAAUCGUCGUUUAGAUAAGGCAUUUCGUGAUAAUGCCGAUAAAGGACCAAUUUAUUUGUUCUUUAGUGUCAAUGCUAGUGGACAUUUCUGUGGUAUGGCGGAAAUGCUUACACCAGUAGAUUAUACAACAAGCAGUAACGUUUGGCAACAAGAUAAAUGGAAGGGAGUUUUUAAAGUUAAAUGGAUUUUUGUUAAAGAUAUUCCUAAUGGGCAAUUGAGACAUAUUAGAAUAGUGAACAACGAAAAUAAACCGGUCACAAAUAGUCGUGACACGCAGGAAUUAUAUCUCGAACCUGGUCGCGAAAUGUUGAAAAUAUUUUUCGAUUAUCGUAGUAAAACUUCAAUACUUGAUGACUUUGAAUUUUAUGAUAAACGUCAACAGGAAAUGCGAAAAGAAGGGACAACACCAGUGGGUAAUGAUACAAACGGCUGGCUUCCAUCGGCUAACAGUUCACUAAAACAAAGCUGA